UUUUCCCCUCACACAAGGGAGAUCUCAUUUUGUCUGAGACGAUACAGCUGAACACAAACCACAUACCAAGUGAGCAUGAUGGCUAAGAAGCCCCCGAAACCAGCCCCUCGCAGGAUCUUCCAAGAAAGGUUAAAGAUUACUGCUCUACCCUUAUACUUUGAAGGUUUCUUAUUAGUUAAGCGGUCAGAAUACCAGGAAUAUAAACAUUAUUGGACAGAGUUGAGAGGAACCACACUUUUCUUUUAUAACGACAAAAAAAGUACAAUAUAUGUUGACAAGUUAGAGAUAAUAGACCUCACAUGUCUUACUGAGCAAAAUUCAACUGACAACAAUUGUGCAAAAUUCACCCUUGUUUUGCCAAAAGAAGAAGUGCAACUGAAGACAGAGAACACAGAAAGUGGGGAAGAAUGGAGAGGCUUCAUCCUUACAGUAACAGAGCUGUUGGUUCCUGAAGAUGUGUCCCUCCUCCCUGGACAAGUAAUCAGACUGCAUGAGGUCUUGGAGAGAGAAAAGAAAAGGAGGAUUGAGACAGAGCAGCUCCCGAGCACAUCUCCGGAAAAAGAAGGGGAACCGAGUGAAGACUAUGUGGACGUACUGAACCCUAUGCCAGCAUGUUUUUAUACAGUGUCUCGGAAAGAAGCAACUGAGAUGCUUGAAAAGAAUCCUUCAUUGGGGAAUAUGAUCCUGAGGCCUGGUAGUGACAGCAGAAACUUCUCCAUUACUAUCCGGCAGGAGAGAGACAUGCCAAGAAUUAAGCACUACAAAGUGAAAAGUGUGGGAAAAAACUACACUAUUGAACUGGAAAAACCUGUAACACUCCCAAACCUUUUUAGUGUCAUUGAUUACUUCAUGAAGGAGACUCGAGGAAAUUUACGACCAUUUAUACACUCAACUGAUGGAACCUUCGAAACCGAAGGACUGCCUGUGACAACUCUAAAAUAAAGAAAAAAAUUAGGCUGUGGGGGAAAUCCAGUAUAAUUUACCUCCUCCAUUGUGAUACUGUGUUAGUUACCUAACGUUAUGUAACAAGCCACUCCUAAAACAUGUGGUUUCACAAACUACCCCCAAAACAUGGUGGUUAAACCAACAAACCUUUUAUUUUCUCAUGAUUCUGUGCAUCAGCAAUUUGGGCUGAAUCAUGCUCUUUAUGUGGUGUCCAAUCCUUGAGGAAGUUAGCUGGGCAUUGCACGAGAUCUCAGAGAAGCUGAGAUCACGUCCUUGGGCUAGAAAUUCUUAGUGUUGAGAAUAAAGCUCAAGUCCUCACUUAAAUUGUUGACAGGUUAUGCACUUUUAAGUGAAAGAACGUUAAACAAAACCAAUUUUAUCAUAGGCUAAUUGAUACAAGAGUUAAAAGUUCCCUACAUGGGCUAGUCAAAAGUUGUAGCAAAACGCUGAACUACAUUAUCUGAGGGCCUGCCUUCUUGGAGCUUUUAAUAAAGGAGAAGCUGUGUAGUGAA